UUUCGUCAUUGUGUUGAAAACAUCAUGUAUAUACGCGCACACCAUGUCGCUAAUUACACGGUCAAUGUCAAGGCUUGUUGUUGACCUUCUGAUGAAUAGAUGAAUUUAUUGAAAUAGUCUGCCAUACCUGUUCGAGAGACGAAGUCGGGCAAUCAAUUUUUUGUACUCAAAAUUAAAUGAUUUGUUGUCGGCUAACUAAAAGCGAUCUAGCCUAACUAAUUGGGAAAAUUUUCAGUUUGUUUUGAGAGAUCUUUUUUUUUGGUUGCGCUAAAUCUGUUACUCAACCUCUAACUAUUACAUCAUCCACACAGUUUUAUUAGCGAUUUUAAAUAUUUUUAAUCUGCAUUGAUCUUUCACCUUACCGUUCUUCGUUUUGCCAACAGAAACCUCCUAUUAUCAAAAAUAAAUUCAAAUUUGAAUCAGUUCACCGAAAUGUGUCCGUUAAUUACGAUCACUCUGCUGUUUGCUAUAUUAAACAGCUAUCUAGUUGUCGGCGACGAUAAGUCGACCAAAUUUAUUAUAGUUGGUGCUGGUGCUUCGGGAAUUUCUGCCGCAGCCAAGCUGCUUGAAAAUGGUUACAACAACGUUGUUGUACUGGAGGCCCUAGAUCGUAUCGGUGGAAGAGUGCACAGCAUUCCAUUCGGUAAAGGUUUCGUCGAUCUAGGUGCACAAUGGUGUCAAGGCGAACAGGGUAAUGUUGUCUACGAAUUGGUGAAGGAUCAUUUUGAGUUUGGUGAUAUUGGCAUUGGUAGCAACACGACUCAUGCCUACACUUCGGAUGGACAACUAGUUGAUCUGAGCAAAUAUGUCAAACUGAUGGAUUUGUCGGAAACAAUUACAAGCGAUUACGAAAACAUGGCCAAGUUCAACGGAUCGCUUGGUGAAUUUUUCGACAUCAAUUUUCCGAAUCGGGUUAAGGAAUUGGGAGAUAUUGAUGAGGAGCUAGUAGAGCAGAUUAAGGAUUUAAGUCAAAGACAGAUGAAUUCACUGUAUUCUUCGGAAAGCUGGUUUGAUAUCUCGUCUCUACUUAGUGGGGAUGAGAACGGAGCAGGCGGGAAUCAACAACUAACAUGGAAGGAACAUGGUUCCAAAAUUGUUUUUGACUUCUUAAUGGUAAUGUUAGUCAUUCCAUUCAAGCAACCGAGUUCUGAGCAUUUUUUUUUGCUUCAUUCUCAGAAAAAACGACCAGAUCCAUCCAAGACAUUGCCUGUAGACGAAAAAAUCCAAUUUAACAAAGAAGUGACGAAUAUCAAUUGGACUUCAAAUGAAGUGGUCGUUGAUUGUGCGGACGGUUCAGAGUAUCGAGCUGAUCACGUGAUUGUCACAGUAUCGCUGGGAUUCCUCAAGAAGCAUCAUCGCACACUUUUUACUCCACAGUUACCCGAGAAGAAAAUCAAUGCCAUAGAGCACACCGGAUACGGUACGUUGGGAAAGUUCUUCUUAGAAUUCCAAGAACCAUUUUGGCCGAAGGACGAUGGCAAUUGGACAACUUACACAUUUUUAUGGAAGCAAGAGGACAAAGACAAACUCAUCGGAACGGAAAGAGAAUGGGUGACCGAUAUAUUUGGCGUAAUCAAAGAAGACGCGCAACCGAAUUUAUUAGGUGGACUAUUAGCCGGAAAGCACAUUAGACAAUUUGAAACAAUUAGUGACGAGCAGUUGAUCGAUGAUUCUGUGUGGUUGUUGCAGAAGUUUCUAGGUCGACCCAUACCGCGUCCGAUAAACAUGCGUCGAAAUCGUUGGCAGUCGAACAAAUAUUUCUUCGGUACAUAUUCGUUCGGAUCGAUGGACACGCAAGCACAUAAUGUCGCUUUAGGUACAGAUUUAGCCGAGACGCUCUACAGUUCGUCCAACAAACCAGUCGUAUUGAUUGCUGGUGAAGCAACUGAAAAAGACCAUUCGGGCUACGUACAUGGUGCAGUUAUGUCGGGUUGGCGAGCUGCUAACGAAAUAUCUGAUUAUUACAAAUCGAUUCCGUAGCUUGCACGGCAAUUGUAAUAUGCAAUAAAAGUAGAAAUAUUUCGCA